AAGCGAAGAAAUCAAUAACUUAGACAUGUAACCCGCCUAUUUUAAGGCGUCAAGCAUCCCAAUGGAUAAUAUCCCAGUCUGUGACUUUUCGCAUACACAUCUGACGGAAAUUUAGGUCAAGGACUGGAAAAGUCGUCCCAACCUAAAUAAAAAAAUAGUUUUCACCACCAGUUGUGAAAAUGUCGUUAAAGGCAUAUGAAGAUGCGUGUAUUCGGGCAGAACUGUUUGGUCAGCCCAAACCUGACAAAGACGAGUUUUUAGAAAAACAUAAACACUUGGACAUAGUGGAAUUUGAAGAAGUGGAUAUCAAGACCACCAUCAAUGAGGAUACAGCCAUGCUAGAUGAAAAUAUUCAGCAAACUGGUGGUGGUCUGAAUGAGUUAAAUUCAAUUUUAAAUUCUACGCAAACGAAAAUUAAUCGAUUGAAGGGCGUCUGCGGUAGCUUAACAAACUUCUUUCGCGUUAAACUAUCAGCGAAAGACAACUUAUCUUACUCUAGCGAACAGAGUUACGUCGGCCAAACAAACUACGACAAAGAUUCUGUCCCAGCCAGGACCGAGCUAGGCUCUAUAAACCAAGACCUUGGUCCCAGUGACAACGAGAUGACGCCGCGCGCGGGAAAUUCUCAAGAUGGCGGCAAUUUAAACAACGCGUUAGACGAUUUGAAAACGAUGCAGAAAAACGACUCCACGGCCGCGGCUUUUAAGGAAGCGGGGGCUAUGGUGAAGGGCCUCUUCAGUCGAGAGUCCCUCCGAUGAAGAUACCAAAUGGAAGAUUUAGAAGGCAAAGGUAUGGAUGUCGGCGGCCGAUCGUAAGAUCAGGCAGAUCGUGAAAUUCCUAGGCAUAUCGUGAAACGUGAAUUUUUUUGUUUCGCUCCCUAAGUCGACGAGAGUCCGUUUUCUGGAGAGUUUGCCUUUCGGGCAUCUGAAAGCAACCUAACGAACCUAUCCGACUGCCUAUAUUUAUUGGUUUAAUGAAUAAUGACUUUAAUGUGGCUAACGUCAAAACAUUACACAGGAACAUUACGAUCUGCCUGAUCUUACGAUCGGCCGCCGACAUGGAC